UUCUUGGCUCAGACAAUAUGGCAAUCUUAGCAUGAAUAGAAAAUAAUAGCUCCUGUAAGUUUUUCACUCAUGAUUAAGUGCGGUUUCAUUGCCUCAAUCUGUACAAUAUAAUACUCUAUCCAAUCCUUUUUUAUCAGAUUUCAGUUUAACCGAAACCUGCGAUUGUAGAUGUGUAACCGAAAUCAAUGAUGUCCGAAAUAAAAGUGGAGUUCAUAAAUUGUGGAGAAGUUUCGGAAUCAGAUAUGAUAAUACAGGAAGAGAUGUUUGAUGAUACAGAGGUCAAAGUAGAAGAAGUUAAAGUGGAGGAAUAUGAAGAAGGAGCUGAUGAUAUAGAUGAAAUGAUAGUAGAAGAAGAUCCUCUUGCAGUUCCUCUAGAGUUGUUUUUACAACCGGAAUCUAGUACACCAGCAGGAGAGAGUUCAGGAAGGCCAGUUCGUAAAAGAAGUAGAAAAGUUAUUUACGAAGCUGAGUCGCUUCGCAGUACAAGGAGGAUAUCAAAGCGACCGAAAACUACACCAGUUCCGAAGAAGACUUUCUGGUGUUUUGGUGUGCCUCGUAUUGCAAACUGUGAACUGUGCUUCGGCGGUUGUCUGCCACUCAGGUGUCGCAAGUGUAAAGUGAUCCGUGACAAAACCGACAUCAUAAAAUCAUAUGACUGCGGCGAGUGCGGUCUGAGUUUUCGAGAUAUCCCACAAUUCAAAGAGCACAUGAAGUCAGAACAUGUCAAUUUGACUUGCAACGAUUGUGGAAAGACUUUUCCCAACAAAGCUCGGCUCAAAUCUCACUCGCUGAUACACAGGGAAAAAAAGUUUCUUUGUGAAUUGUGCAGCUCUGCCUUCCAGCGCAGUGAUCAGUACAAAGCUCACUAUCUACGUAAGCACACUGAUGCCAGAGACUUCCGGUGUGUAGAAUGUGGCAAGUUCUGGAAAACCAAAGGAGACCUCACUCAGCACAUGCGAGUCCAUGAUGAUAGGUACAGGCCGAGAAAUAGAUAUAAGAAGUUGAAAAAGUAGUUUCCUAAUAUCAAAUCCUUCAUUUUUAGUGUAAUCAUUAACUUUGGACAGUAUCUUUGCUAUCCGAUAGUUGUCAUACACUUUUUUCAUUCACUGAUUAUUAGACAAAUAGAUGGCUUGGCUGUUCCCUUAUUUUCUGAUGAAAAGGAUAAAUUAUAUUGAUGUUAAUGUAUCAUUCGCAUAAUAUUUGGGGGUGCUUGAUGUUACUGAACUAUAUUUGUUACCGAUACUCAAGAUUUACUGAAAUUGAAAAAAUCUUUGUUCGAUAGAAUAGAUUGGUACAGUUUUAGUGGUCAGAAAUAAGUUGAAUACUUGUAUUGAAGAAUUCACAUUGUAAUUUUAUAGAGAUUUUCCAAAAAAGAUUUGUAUAUGUAAAAAGUGAUCUCCAUCCUCUCCACGGUUUUCUACAAGCUUGUUACAAGUUGUAACAAGCAACUUGUUACAAGUAACAAUACAAAAGUUCACUUUUUUGUUAUAUUCGUUAUAUUGACACUUAUGUACUAUUGUCGUCGUCUGAUGUAUUUGUAAGACCAUGUUGAUUCAUUUUCCACUGCUUUGCGCACUCUUGAACUCUUACUGUACGUCAUGUCAUAUUAUAUUAAAAUAUUCUAAAUUCGUA